AACAAAAUUUGUCACAUGUUGAGUCAGUAGGUCAGACUAGGCCAGUAGGCCUACUGGCUCAUAUUUACCACAUUAUUCUCUCAAAUUAGACCCAAUAACACUCAAAUAUCUGUCCAGGUUCAUCUUAAAGCUGACAAAGAAGACUGUGAGAGAUGAAAGUGAAAAAGACAGGAAAAGUGAUGCAGUCGUCAGGAUUCAGGACAAAGAUUCUGGGACGGAAACAUGAUAGAAAGUUGAAGCGCCAGCAGAAAAAACAGCAACGUGCUCUGUUCUAUACUCGUUUUCACAAAGUAAAUAAACCAUCUGAAGUGAAAAUGCAGACGAAGGUUCAGCAACUACACGAGCAUGAAGAAACAGGGAAGAAGAAAUUGAAAAAGAACAAAAUUCCUGAAAAACACGAGGCUAUGGAUGAGCCAGUGUCAGCUGCAAGUGAUGAGGAAGUGGGAGGUUUUAAAUUAUCAUCAUCUAGCAGUGAUCGUAUGGCUCGACUCCAAGAAUAUGUCAGACGAGCAACUGGAAUUGAAAAUGAUGACAGUAGGAUGUCCUCCAAGGAAACAAAAGUACAACAGACAAAGUUCCAAACACAGCCUGAAGGAGAACUUUUAAUUAAAGACAAACAGAAGUUGAAAAGUCUAAGAAAAGGUCAAGAAAUGGAUACGAAGGAAGUAAACAAGUUAGCAAGGCUUCUGGGAUAUAGGAAACCUCAUCAGAAGAAAAAGGUUGCAUCAAUAUUUGCUGAUGACUUUGGAAGCAUCUUGGAAGAUAUCGAAGAUGGCACAAUGGUUAAUAUUGACAAAUACAAGGAAGAUGAUGUUAUUCAUGACAGUGAUGAAGAAUAUGAGAAGGAUAUGAUGGCUGUUCUUGGUGAAAAAGCAAAUAGUAUGCAAAGAGAAACCACGAAAGAUGAUUCUGAUGACUCCGAUAACGCAUAUGAUAAAGAUUUAAGUGAGAGUGGAAAUUCACUUAGUAACAAUGAGGAUGACGUAAAUAGUGACGAGAAUGAUAGUACAAAUAAUUUGGAAAAUAGUCCUUUUUCAUACAGAAGUGAUAUUGAACAAAGUGAUAAUUGUGAUGAUGAUGAAGGAGGAGAAGGAGAUGAAAAAGAAAAAGACGAACAAGACGAAGAUAAUGAUGAUGAAAAUGAUGAAGAAGAUAAUGAUGAAGAAGAUAAUGAUGAAGAUGAUGAUGAAGAAGACAUGGAGAACUUUUUGGACUUAGAAGCUGAAGAGUCAGAUAGGGAAGAAAGUGAUGGCAACAGUGAUUUAACUUAUGACUUUAGAAAUGACCCAGAGUUGGCCUUUGAAGGUGGCUGUGGUUAUUAUAGUAAACCUGAGAUUUUAAAAAAUGGUGAAGAAAAUGAUAUUGAUAGAUACUCAAGCAACAGCGAUGAUGAUGAGGAUUUAGAAGGGUUUGUGGUCAGCGAUGGUCACGUGGAAUUCAGCAGUUGUAGUGAUGAGCUUCCUAGUGAAUUCAGUGAUUCUUCCCCUGUGAUGAGACAGAGAAUGAUCAUAAUUAGUGAUGAGAGCGAUGGUAAUGGCAGUAGUCCCGAGAACAGUGUGAAAAAUAACCCUUCAAGCCAGGGUACUGUUGAGGAUGUUAUUCCAAGGAAGCAAAAAGAUACACCAAAGAUAAGAGAGAAGAAACUGUACAAGAAAAUAAAAAACAAAAAUGUCAAUCUUGACAUUUAUAACUCAGAUGAGGAUGAAGAUAGCAACUUGGCUAGAAUAAGUUAUAUAUCCAAAAGAGUUGCUCCAAAGAGAAAGAAAAGAGCUGUUUUGACAUCUAGCAGUGAUGAAGAUUCUUCAGUGCAGAAUCAGAGACAGAAGAAAAAGAUGAAACAGCAAAUUAGCAAUGAAGAGGCUGAUUCUACUGUUGAGGCAGAGUUCAUAAACUCAGAAAUUUUGAGCAAUAAUUCAAUCCAGAAAGCAUACUCGUAUAAGGAUGUCAAAUAUGAUUCUGAGUCCAAAGAGUCUCAGUGUACUGGUGAAUUUAGUUCUGAUGAAGAUGAAUUGAAUGAGUACAAAAUUCACGCUAACAGUAGCAAAGUUUCGACGUCCAGUAAUGAUGAUUCUCCAGUGUCAAUGCCAGUGCAGAAUCAAAGAAAGAAGAAAAAGAUUAAAAAUCAAGUUAAUGAUAGAGUAAUUGAUUCUGCUGUAAAAAAUAUUGAUGCUAAAAAUGUUGAAGCUGACUUUACAAAAUCAAAAAUUUCAAGCAAUGAUUCCAUUCAGAAAAAAGAUUCGUAUAAGAGAGAUUCAGAAUUUAAUAACGAGUCUGAGAAUUCUCAAUGUACUGGUGAAUUUAGCCCUGAUGAAGACGAACUAAAUGAAAACAAAAUUCAGAAAACAGACUCUUAUAAGAGAGAUUCAGAAUUUAAUAACGAAUCUGAAAAUUCUCAGUGUACUGGUGAAUUUAGCCCUGAUGAAGACGAACUAAAUGAAAACAAAAUUAGGUCUGACAGUAUCAAAGUCUUGAUAUGCAGCCAUGAUAAAGAUUCUCCAGUGCAGAAUCAAAGAAAGAAGAAAAAGAUUAAAAAUCAAGUUAAUGGUGAAGCUGAUUCUAUUCAGAAAACAGACUCGUAUAUGAGGGAUUCAGAAUUUAAUGACGAAUCUGAGAAUUCUCAGUAUACUGGUGAAUUUAGCCUUGAUGAAGAUGAAGUGAAUGAGAACAAAACUCAGUCUGACACAAUCAAAGUCUUGAUGCCCAGCAGUAAUGAAGAUGAUGAAUUUCCACCAAGUGAUGAUGAUAAGUUUGAAUCUGUUGUCAAAAAUAUUAGCGAUACAGAUUUUAAAGAGUUCACAAAAUCAAGAAUUUCGAGCAUCAGUUCCAUUCAGAAAACAGAGUCGCAUGAGAGGGAUUCAGAAUUUGAUACUGAGUCUAAGGAUUCUCAGGGUACUGUUAAUCUUUUUAAUGAAUAUGGAGUGAGUGAGCAAAUUGUAGCUAACAGGAUGAAAUGUCAAGUUAGUGCUGAAUUUAGUGGCAGUGAAAGUAAAGAUGGUGAUCUUCACCAGCAAGAAGAUUGUUUAACCGAAGAUAUUUAUGGAUAUUUACGAGAUAAAGAUGGCAACAUAGUAAAAGAUAAGGAUAUGCAAGCUGCGAGUAAUGGUAAAUAUAUUCCACCAGCACUCCGCAAACUGAUGGCCCUCGAUGCUGAUGAGAAAAAGAAAGAACAACUUGCAAACAUUAAGAAAACUCUGAAAGGACUUCUAAAUCGUCUGACAGAGAGUAACAUGGCUGGGAUUGCCAACCAGAUUGAAGAAAUGUAUGUAAAAUAUAGCCACAAGGAUAUGAGUGACACACUCACAGACAUCCUAUUAGAAUCAAUUGUGGCACCAACAUUGAGUACUGAGAGGUUGGUUCAGGAGCACGUUAUGCUGGUGGCAGUUCUCUCUUCUAAUGUAGGCUCUGAGGUGGGCGCCCACAUCUUGAACGAGUUUGUCAUCAGAUGGCAUGACCGUAUGCAGCUUUUGGGUCUCGGAGAAGAUGUCAGCACCAAAGAAGCGGAAAACUUGCUUCUGGUCAUCGCUAACCUCUACAACUUCAGAGUGGUGGAUGCUCUACUUAUAUACGACAUUCUUCAUAAACUUGCCCUUGGUUUUUCUGACAAAGAGGUGGAACUCAUUUUGUUGGUGCUUCGUAGUGUUGGAUUUACAUUACGAAAAGAUGAUCCUGAAGCCCUAAAGUCCCUUGUUACAAAAAUUCAAACUCAAGCAUCUAUAUCUCAGAAGAAAAAUGAAGACAGCGCAAGAUAUUCACGUGUGUGCUUCACAUUGGAAGUAUUAAGAGCCAUCAAAAACAACAAUAUGGCUAAAGUCCCCAACUAUGAUCCUUCACAUGUAGAGCAUCUCAAGAAGGUCCUCAAAGGGAUGGUGAGGAGAGGAACACAAGCAGCACUGCUUAAAGUUACCUUGGAAGAUCUUCUGAAGGCACGAGAGAGUGGACGUUGGUGGAUUGUGGGGUCGGCUUGGUCUGGGAACCUGCCUGGAGAGAAACCGCCUCCAGAUCACAGGUCUCUCAAAAAUUUUAACAGAAAAAAUGUUUUAGAAAGUGAAUUCACAGAAAAAUUUAAGCAGAAAGCUGCUAAACUCCAGCUGUCGUGCCCGCCUAGAAUAAAUAUACUAUAUAUCAUCACUGAGGGCUCAGAAGAUUAUCUUGAUGCUUUUAAUAAGCUACUUCAGUUGAGUCUACCUCAUCAGCAACAGCAAGAAUUCUUCAGUGUUAUACUGCUGUGUUGCCAGAAAAGCAAAGUAUACAACCCAUAUUAUUCGUGUCUUGCAAACACAAUGUGUAAAUUUGAUAGAAAGUACAAAAACCUUCUUAAAUUUGCUCUUUGGGAUAAGUUUACCGAAAUUGAAUCCAUGAAAGCAAGAGCAGUUUCAAAUUUAGCCAAAUUUAUGUCUCAUUUAUUAGGAGAACAAACUGUAAAUUUGUCUAUAUUAAAGAAUAUUUCUUUUGUGGAAAUAGAAAACAAGAUGAUCAGCUUUUUGCGCCAAACUUUGUUUAGUGUUCUCAUUCACCCGAUGAGUGCAGAUGCAUUAGAAUGCAUAUUCUCUGUACUUAAUGUCUCUCCCAAACUGCAUCACCUUUCCCAGGGUCUUAAAUUGUUUAUCCUCAAGUUCCUAGUUAUUAAAAAGGAUGAUAAUGCUAAGUACCAAAUGCUGUCUAAAAGAAUACAGUGUGCAGUAGACAUCUUGAGUAGAGGAGGAGGAGUGAGGCUUUAAUAACAGCAGUGUAUAACAAUUAAAGAUUUAGAAUUAUAGAAAUUGUGUUACAGGUUCUAGCAGAAUACAGUGGACCCCCGGUUAACAAUAUUUUUUUUAUUCCAGAAGUAUGUUCAGGUGCCAGUAUUGAUGGAAUUUGUUCCCAUAAGGAAUAUUGUGAAGUAGAUUAGUCCAUUUCAGACCCCCAAACAUACACGUACAAACGCACUUACAUAAAUACACUUACAUAAUUGGUCGCAUUGGGAGGUGAUCGUUAAGCGGGGGUCCACUGUACUUACAUUGAAUGUCAGAGUUAUAUUUUAUAAUUACAUUUUUGAAGUUGAUUUGAGUACCAGAAGUAAUAAUAGGUACAUAUUACACUAGUAAUUGCAGGUGCUCAUGAAGCAUUAUUGAUAAAGUAGUAAAAUGGACAGUCAUUUUAUUGACAUUGUUUUAUUUCCUAAACUUCCACUCUGCCACAUUGUACGUUGUAUUAUUGCCAAAUUCCACAUUUAACCCUACCAGUAAUGCUGUUUUUCAUUUUUACUCCCAUAAUAUAUCUUGUUUUAAAAUAUUUUCUCCCUUUACUCUGACUUUUUUAUGCUUGCUGAGGACAGUCCUCAAUCAUUUUUGCUUUUCAGUGCAAGUAAUUGGCAGCUGUAUCACUUUUUGUUUAAUAACACACCAGCCGUCUCCCACCGAGAUUGGGUGACCCGAAAAAGAAGCAACACUUUCACCAUCAUUGUCUUGCCAGAGGCGCACCAACAUUACAACUCAGAUACCCUUGCAAACAACAAUAUCCUCAGUUCUCCUUCAGAGUGCAGGUACUUUACUUCCUGCGUCCAGGUAAAGCAGCCAUGAGUUGUGUACAUAGGUUUCAGUUUUUAUAUAGUGUAUUGUAAUGAUUGGAAAUGUGUAUUUUAAAUAGUUGAAAAGCCUCUUUUAAUUUGCAGCUUUUUAGCCAAGACUUGCACAGGAGAUUUAAGGCUAUGUACCUCAGUUGUCAGUACCAGUACUAUAGUACAUGUAUAUUAUAUCUGAGCGCCUCUGCAAAGACAGCAAUUAUGUAUGAACGAUGGGGAAAGUGUUGAAUGAUGAAAGUUUUUUAUUUAUUUCUUUUUGAGUUUUUCUUUCUUUUUGGGUCGCCCUGCCUUGGUGGGAAAUGCCCGACGCGUUAAAAAAAAUUAGUUGUGAAUGUCAAAUUAAGUUGAAUAAAAAUUACUGCACUGUUCCUAACAAAGAAAUACACAUAUAGUAUAUUUUUAUUUAUGCAUAUUUGUAUUUUAUAAUUUUGGGGAAUGUAUGAAAAUUUCUGGCUUACUUUUCCAAUGUAAGAAAGUUUCAAUUGUAACUAUUAAGUUUAUUACAGUAUACCCAAGUUAUGGUAUCACUGAUGUAUUUUCAGUACUCUUUUUCCAGUGAAACGUAGUCAAUGAAUUUCUCAUAAAUAAUCUCUAAGGAUUCUAUGUAAGUCAAACGUACUUCGUUAGGUUUGCUUUCUGUCUGUUAAUAGUUAGUCCUCUUUGGAUACAACAUAAUUUCAUAUACUGCCAUAUAUGUAUUAUACUAGUGCAUGUUGUAACACUAAAAAUUUAAUAUUAUCAAAACUAAGCGCUAAACCCACCAGGGUUAUAUAGCACUGCAAGGUAGGGUGCGUGAAUUGUGUAAAUAUGCUUGAUCUGAAACUAGCAAGGGGGAGAGUAUAAUGGAGGAAGAGUUAGUAAGGGCAGUGAAGACUGCUUUGUAAUAAAUGUGUUGGUGUCAAAAAGUCAAAGAGGGAGUAUGUGUCAAAGGUCAGUGAGGAGGGAAGAUGAAGUCAGGGUGUUAGAACAGUGACAUUAAUACAUACAGUAACUAAAUAAAAUCAGUUAUUAUAUUGUUGGGGGAGCACUGAACAGGUAAAGGUUAUAUGGUGCCUGAGGGAUUUGGAGGCAUCAGUUUUGUUCAAUAUUUGGAUCAGGGGCUCCUCACUGGAGUCAAGGCAGAUUCCUUGAAGGAAAACUGAAGGUAAAUUUUGUUUUUAAUUUUAGUUCAGGCACGGUGUAAGUACUGCGUACUGUAACCUAGAAAACUGUUUAAUCAGAGGCAAAAUUUAAUCUAGGUAAUAUACUGUGCUUACAAAAUAAAUAAUUGAACCUACAACCACUAAAGUCAUCAUUGAAUUAAUGUACUGUUAUUUUUCUUGCACUAGACACCCUAUGGGCAGUAUUACCGAGACUGAUCAUAUGUCAAACAGUUCUCAUGUUGCUGUAGGAGGCAGUAUUUUCAUGCACUCUAAACCCCCAUUGUGGGCUUUAAUGUUGGAUUUUAUGAUAGCUUAUAUUUUAGUUAUCAUAAUGGCCUUGUAAACUUAAUACGGAAGAGGCUUGUGUUUUGGCCCUGGCUAGAAAAGAAAAUUUGAUCACCAUGGACAGUGAUUAUUUCAGGAAUCUGAUUGUAAGUAAAAAUACAGUGGAACCUCAGUGUUUGAACUUAAUUGGUCCCUUGGUGGCGUUCAAACUGUGAAAAGUUCGAUGUCUGAAACAGUGUUUCCUAGGCUUUAAUUAUCAGCCUCACACAAUGGAGGAUGUUGCACUGACUCUUGCAAGUCUCUUGAGAGUCAGGUCAGUGUCAGAGGUCACUUCAAAGCACUUUUGAAACAUGGCUUUCAUGUAGUUUUUUUUUUACACCUGAGUUGUAAACAAGCCCGGCACAUUCAGACUUCAGAAAAACGUUCGAAGACUGGGUCAAUUUUUUCAUAACAAAAUUGUUCGGAAUCUGAUUUGUAUGACCCUUACGGGUUUAAUGCUCCAUUAUGAUUAGAAAUUAUGAUCAUAUUCCGGAUUCUGGUUUGUUCAAGGUCUGGUACGUUUGAACACCAAUGUUCAACUGUUAAGGUAAAAUGAGCCAACCUUAGGUUGAUAGAAUAAAGUGAGUGUUGUG